AUGGCCGAGGAAGGUCAUUUUCCUCCCCUCUUAAGUUCUCAAAGGCUUUUCCACUGGAGCAACCCCUACCUAAAAUCAGUAAAAGAAGCCAUGAUAGAGAACUUAUACGACCAGACGAGUCCCAGCGGCCCUUCCUCCGACAAUGAAUUUACAGUUAAAAUAUUGGUAGGCUUCUUCUGUACGUUGUCGAUACUUCUCUGCUGCUGCUUCUGCGGCCAACACCAUUCCGAUGAGGGCCAACAAGAUCGACAAAUAGAGUCUAGCACUAACUCCGCCCCCACCACCACCGGUGAUAAUAGGCUUGAUUCGGCGGUCCCUUCAUCGCUGCCGGCAUUCGUCUACUCCACUGCUCAUGAAGGAAGGCUGGAGUGCUCGCUGUGCCUGACGGAGUUCAAAGACGGCGACGUGGGUCGUUUCCUCCCGAGAUGUUGCCAUGGUUUCCACAAAGAUUGUGUCGAUGUGUGGCUCAACUCUCACUCAACCUGCCCGCUUUGUCGAAGCAGUACUGUUGAAUUUGGAACUCCCGACUUGGCUGUCUGA